CUUAAAUAUGCACUUCCCUCCUCUGACAUGAGGAUGAAGCAAUGGCAAGAAUGGCAAGAAGGUGCAACUCAAAUAAUCUGGACAGGGUUUUGGAGAUGAAGCACAACCUAUUUGGACCACUGAUUCUCCUCCUUCUUUAUACCAAUGCUGCUUUUUGCCUGGGAUCCGUGGUAAAAAAAGAUUAUAAAUACAAUUCAUUUCCCCGUUCGUGGGAGGAUGCUCGCAGGUUCUGUAGUGGAAAAUUCACGGACCUGGCCACCAUCUAUACACACUCGGACGUGAAUAAUCUGGACAUCCAUUAUGACUUCUGGAUUGGUCUAAACAGAAGUGGCCCACAAAGCAAUGAAUGGGUCUGGUCCGAUGGUCUGGAAAACAAUGUUAAUAACUUGCUACAUAACAAGGAAAAUGCGACUGGAGACUGUGCCAUGGUCAAAUACAAUGAACAAAAUAGGAUCUAUAUCCGAAAUUGCAAUGAUCACCGGUUCUUCAUGUGUCAAAAGUCCAACCUGUUGAGCAAUAACUAUCAGUUCAUACCAGAGCUUUACAAGCUCCUUUCUCAACAACAUUCUCACUGA